AUGGUCGCCGAAGGAUCCUUCCUACCGACCAACAUCCACAACGACCCGGCUCUCAACCCGGUAAACCAGUAUGAGCACCAGCACCAUCAUCACUCAGUCGAGCCGCAGUUCAACCCUCAGGGCGAUGGCAAGUACAUGAUGGAGAAGGAUGUUCGUGAAACCGGCUCUACCGAGUCGCCUGACGCAAGCCACGACCAUGAACACAUCAAGCGUCGCGGCUGGUAUUCUGGUUUCCGCAUCUACUGGCAUUUGUUCUUUUUCCUGGUUCUCACAGCCUGGUGGAUCACUGGUUUGAUUCUCCAUGGUCCUCAGCAGACGAGCCGAAAGCAAUACGGCUGGGUCGUACCAUUUUUACUUUGGCUUUUCAUCAGCUUACGUCUCUUGACAUUCCACGUUUCUCCCGCGCCGUUGUUCGGUAUGAUUCGCAAGGUUUGGCGUACAGUCUUUGUCGCUACUCUGGAUAAGACCAUCAAGCCAGAACUCCGUGGUUACGCCGGUGGUGUCCUCACCGUGGUCGUGUUCCUUGUUGGUACGAUGGCUUCCAAAGAAACCGCGCAAAACACCCGCGCCGACCGUGCCAUUUCGCUGUUUGGUCUGCUCGUCUUCAUCACAGUCUUCUGGGCUACUUCAAAGCACCGCAGUCAAGUCAACUGGAAGACUGUUCAGGUGGGUUUGAUUGCACAGUUCAUUCUCGCCCUGUUUGUCUUGCGUACGGGCGUUGGAUAUGAUAUCUUCAAGUUCAUCUCUGACCUUGCUCGCGAGUUGCUUGGCUUUGCCGGCGAUGGUUUCGCUUUCCUCUUCUCCAGCCCCAGCAACUUUCCCUACUUUGUGGUUGCCGUGUUGCCUGCCAUCAUCUUCUUCAUUGCCUUGGUGCAGGUCGCGUACUACGUCGGUUUGUUGCAAUGGUUCAUUGUCAAAUUUGCCAGCUUCUUCUUCUGGGCCAUGGAGGUGUCUGGUGCCGAAGCUGUUGCCGCUGCAGCAGCACCUUUCAUCGGUCAAGGUGAAAAUGCUAUUCUCAUCAAGCCUUUCCUCAACCACUUGACCAAGGCUGAGAUCCAUCAGAUCAUGACUUCAGGCUUCGCAACAAUUGCCGGUUCGGUGUUUGGUGCAUACGUGUCUCUCGGUGCCAAUCCACAGGCGUUGCUCUCAUCUUGCAUCAUGUCUAUUCCUGCAUCGAUUGCCAUGUCCAAAUUGCGUUUUCCAGAAACUGAAGAAACUCUCACCAAGGGCAGCGUGACUGUUCCCGAGUCUGAAGAGGAACGUGAGUCAAAUGCUCUCGAGGCGUUUGCCAACGGUGCUGCACUUGGUCUCAAAGUGGCCGGUGUCAUUGCCGCUGUGCUCCUCGUUGUUAUUUCUGCCGUGGCACUGGUUGAUGGUCUCUUGUACUUCUUCUUCAAGUACUUUGGUGCACCGCAAGUAACACUCGACUUCAUCCUCGGUUACCUCUUCUACCCAAUCGCUUUCCUCCUCGGUGCUCCUCGUAGCGAGUUGCGUCUUAUUGGUGCUCUUAUCGGCAAGAAGUUUGUCGUCAACGAGUUUGCUGCCUUUGUCGACCUCACCGACCCCAAGGGUGCAUAUGCCAAUCUGACCAACCGUGGUGUCAUCAUUGCGACCUACGCAAUUUGUGGUUUCGGCAACAUUGGUUCUUUGGGUAAUCAGCUUGGUCUCCUCUGUCUUUUGGCUCCCAAGAGGUCCAAGGAUAUUACACGAGUCGCCUUUUCUGCUCUCCUCACCGGUGUCACUGCAACGUUGAUGUCUGCGUCGAUCGCCGGAAUGGUGCUCGACCGCGUUCUCGAGGUUGGCACUGCCAAGCUCGCUUCUUCUACUGCCUAAGCGGUCGAUUUAUUUUGGCACCUUUUCACCAUUCUUCUUCAUGAUGGGAUUUGUCGUGUUCUGAAGAGCGAUAUGAGCCCUUCUCUCGGAAUGCGCACUCCCCACUCCUUUUUCGGUGCUCUAUCGCUUUCAAUAUCCGUCUCGCAGUGGGACCUGCGUCUGUUCUGAAGAGCGAUAUGAGCCCUUCUCUCAGAUCGGUGUAGGUGCGCUUCGUUGUCUUGUCGUUCUUUGGCAAGACUUGAGCUGCGUUUAUUUAGAUGGCUUGUUGCCUGGUGAUGUACUCCCAUAGCUUCUAUUUAUUCUCAAUACUUAGUGUCUCUCCUCAAUCCUGAUGGACGCUGGUUGAUUCUGCCUGGUCUUUAUGAAUGUUGCCAUC